AAUUAUUGUUCCAUCCAUCUUCGUUUUUGUCAUUAAUUGUCUCAAAUCACUCAUCCCACUCCUUUUUCUGGGUUCCAUGAUCAGGUUCAGUUGUGUAUAGGGUUUAAUAAAGUCGGGAUAAGCUCUCCCGUCUGUGCCUCACAAAAAGAUCCAGCAGGUUGCCUUCAAGCAUAUUUUCUCCUUUUGAAUUUACUAAAUCCUCUGGCACAUGGCUGCCUUGGGGACAAUGUCUGCUAAUCCGCGCAAAGUUCCAUGGGCUCAGGCAUUGGUGUCAGCUAGUCUGGAGUGGUUACUGAUUUUUAUGCUGGUUAUUGAUGCCAUAUUCUCAUAUGUCAUUACAAAGUUUGCUCAUUACUGUGGAUUGCAAACACCAUGCCUCAUGUGCUCCAGACUUGAUCAUGUCUUCGGCAAUGAAAAACCAGGUUAUUAUCGGGACUUGAUCUGCGGCAGUCAUAAGUCAGAAAUUUCAUCCUUAGUUCUUUGCCGUGCUCACAACAAGCUUGUAGAUGUUAAUGGAAUGUGUGAAAGUUGCCUAUUCUCCUUUGCAACCAUUAAUAGAUCCAAUGCUGAGACAUACAGAUUAUUGGUGGGCAAAUUGGGUGAAGCUCCUAAUUCUAAGGCUGAUCAUGAAAUUGAGGACCCAAUGCUUGGGGGUCAAUAUGUUUCCUUUUCCGGCACAGCUCCUUGCUCUUGUUGCAGUGACUCGCAGAGUUCUCAGGGGUAUACUCAUAAGUUGAUUCACACUAAAUUGUUUGGGUCUGAGGCUGAACUUGAACCCCUAUCUGGUGCUAUUAGACAAAACCAUGAAGAACUGAGGAAGGCACAAGAUAAAUCAUCUAGGCCAGUGAGAGCAACUCAUUUGAGAGAUAGUGGGGUUCAUCCUUUAUCUCAUGUUGAGUACACAGAGCUCAAGGGUUCUUCUGACACUGAAUCAGAAGUUCAUUUUUCUGACGGGGAGGAGGCAAGUGCUCCAAUUCAUGAAAAGGGAAAAGGUGUUGAACCUCUUAGUGUUACUCAAGUUCUGAUAGAUCAAGUGUCCAAGACUAUAUUUUCGGCAUCGGACAUGAAAUUAGAUAAUAUGGAGUCCUAUGGUAAUACAUCUGCUCAUGUGAGAGAUAGUAGGCUGCAUGCUUUAUCUCAUGUAGGAUACACAGAGCUUAAGGUUACUUCUGAUACUGAAUCAGAAGUGCAUUUCUCUGAUGAUGAUCAUGCAGGUUCUCUGACUCAUGAUAUGGAUGGUCCCAAGGAAGAUUCCUCUGCUCAAGCCAUUGAGCCUCGCGUUAAUACUCCAGUACUGACAGAUCCAAUAUCUGUGGCCAGGCCUUCAUUUUUGGCAUCACAGGAACACAUAGAUCGUAUGGAGUCCCAAGGUAGUAUAUCUGUAGCAUCUGCAGUUGCUAAUGGUGAUUUGCAUGCAUUAUCUGAACCAGUUCUUGAGAAUGCCUCUCCUUCAUCAAAGAGAAGCUUAGAUGUUACAGGAACUCGUGAAAUUGAUCAAGGAUGCAUGGCAGAAUCUGGGGAAUCACAUAAGGGAGGAGUCAGGCCACUUAAAACAUCUGAAGCAGGUUUAGAAACAAACCCAGUUUCAAGUAACAGUGAUCAGCAAAUGGUGAAUGUUUUAGAUCUCGGUGAUGCUUAUAAGAUCGUUGUUGGUAGUAAAGGAAGACAAUUGUCUGGUGUACUUGCGGAACAAUGGAUUGGAAAGGACUCUUCAAGAGUUACUGAAGAUUUGAAGCUCCUAUUGUCACAAUUGUCUGCCAAUCGUGGGAUUGAGCAAUCAACAAACGAAAUUAUGAGUCCAAAAGUGUCUGUAAAUAGUGGUGAUUCGAAAACUGUUGGGAUGCAGGCACUUCAACAGAGGAUCUCACUUGAAAGAAACGAGUCUGGGUUGUCUAUGGAUGGGAGCACUGUCAGUGAAAUUGAGGGUGAGAGUGUGCUUGAUCGGUUAAAACGACAGGUUGAGUAUGACAAGAAAAUUUUGGCUUCUUUGUAUAAGGAGUUGGAGGAAGAAAGAAGUGCUUCUGCGAUUGCUUCAGAUCAAGCAAUGGCCAUGAUUACAAGGCUGCAAGAGGAGAAGGCGGCACUUCAUAUGGAAGCACUCCAGUGCGUAAGAAUGAUGGAAGAGCAAGCUGAGUAUGAUAAUGAAGCAUUGAGUAAGAUAGAUGACCUUCUUGCUGAGAAGGAGAAGGAAGUACAAGAUCUAGAAGCAGAGCUAGAAUUUUACAGGAUUAAGUACCCAAAUGAAUCAAUGCUAGAGUGUAUGGGAGAGAUAACUUCUGAUAUGCAGGCAAGGGAUAUUGUGGUUGAUCAUUCCGUAUCUAGCAGUGUUGCUGAGAGUUAUAAAAAUAUGGAUGCUGGAAAGUCUUGUACAGACAGUAAAGUUGGAGGAGCAGGGAUGCUUCUUAGUGAUGAAAAAACUGGUAGUUUGAAGACCUCACUGAAGGAUUUUGAAGUCGAGAAGAAACAAAUCUUGCAAUGCUUAGAGAAGUUGAAGAAGACACUUUCUUUGUUCUCUAGUAAUGUGGUACAGACAGAUUCAUCUAAAGGAAAUUCUUCUGAAAACGAAGGAGAUGAAGCUGGGAAGUUGCAGAGUUGUGAAUGGGGCUCUCAAGAUAAAGAAGAAUAUGAUUUGUCCAUUCAACUGGAAGUGCCUGCGCCGUCAGGACAUAGUUCACCACAAGGGAAUCCCCAACUCUGUCAAGCGACUGAUUUAGCAUCUCUAGGGGUUCUAGCUUCCAAUCUGAAUAAGAGAUUGAAAGCACUCGAGGCAGUCCUAGAAUUUCUUGAACAAGCAAUUAAUUCUCUCAAAUAUGGUGAAGAGGGACUUAAGUUCAUUCAGGAGAUAGCUUCUCACCUUGUGGAACUACGGAAGAUUGGGAUUAGUAAAAGAUCAGACUUCAGCUUGAAAACGUAAAAACGUCACAAAUAUGCAUACCAGAAGGCAGAUGGGUGGCUUUAUACCAAGUCAGAGGCAUGCAUAAUGUGUAUCCAACGUGUACAGCAGCACUAGCUUUAUUUUCUCUCAACACAAAGAAUAUAUAGGAUUUGACAGUACAGCAGUUUUGGUCAUUUUCUCUCUUCGAUUCCCAGCCUUUUUUUCCUUCUGGGUUUUGACAUAUUUUGGCGUUCUUUUUGGGAGUUUCAUUUAUUUUUCCAUUUUAAUCUUUUUGGCAUAUUUGGUUUGCGGAGUGGAUGAGUGGUUGCAUUGUAUUACAUUAACAGGUGUGAUAAUUGAGUGUAAACUGUAAAGUAUACAGCUUUGGGGAGCAAUAAAAGAAGAUCAAUAUCAUUUUGUUGAAUCUGAGAAUGAUUUUGUUUGGUUGAGCUCAGUUUCCGUCCGUGUAAAUUUCAACUAAUUAUUCUUUUCGU